AUGCCUUAGGUCAGCAAAGUUUUAGAAGCGGUUAUUCCUUGCUUUCUUUUGCUAGUUUUCUUCCUCCUCCUCUAUGUAUUACUUGAUAGGUGCCAAAAAAGAACGAAGUAAUUCGAAGAUUUAGUGUACAAUAAGGGAACAGGAAGAAUCAUUUUACCAGGCAUUAAAUUUAACUGUAAUCUCUAUGGUGACUCUUUCUCUAUUAUGCUAAAAGACAUCGCUUUAGUAAAAUCCAGUAUUAGAGAUUAAUAAUCCGAAUCUUAAAAUCUUGAAAAUCACAGUUGGCUAGAGUAAUCUAUAUUAACACAAAACCCUUAAGGACUCUAGAAAAGAGAUUUAGAAAAUAUAGAGGUUGCCUUUGAAGCUGAUGUUGAUUUCUAAAAAAUAUAAAUUUCUCACUCUGAGCGAAGCCAUGAAUUCAAUGACGACAUCAAUGAAAGCAUUGAUCAUGAAAGAAAAUCCAAAAUUAUAAAGUAUAUAAGAAGCAAAAUCAUGUAGUUUGAUGAAAACUAGAAUGAGCUUGAGGAAGAUGAUAUUGAGAACCAAGUUCUUAAUGGUAGUCAAGCUCAAGUAUUGAAUGUUUCUUAAUGGAGUAACUCAGAUAUCAGACUUUGUAAUCCAAAUAAGGAUAUAUAAUUAGAUCUCAGAAAAUACGAACACAACUAUGAACUCAAAUAAUCAACUGAUGAUUGCUCAGAUUCUCAAGUAUUACAACCCUUAAACAGCUACCAAAAUCCAAUAAUUGUGGUAGACGAUCUCGUUUUCAAAGAUAAUGAUGAGAAUCAGUGA